AUAGUGAGGGCCAAGAGAAGCCUCUCAUGCCCGCCUCACCCAGUGGGGCCUACGGUCCCUGGGGGCAUUUUUGCCUCAUUUGGUUCCUAUUUCGGCUACAUUGAAACUGAGCAACUUCCAGCGCCACCACCGCCAAGGGCCUCUCUUCUCUUCACCCCCUCCCCCUUUCCCGUGCGCCGUAUCCCUCCGCCUAGGCCUCCCAGCCCUUCACAGAGAAAGCGCCUUUCAGCAAAGCUGCCCGCCCACCCAUCCACCCCGCCUCUGCUGCUCCGACAUCUUCUUCGCUCGGCUUUCUAGUCCGUGGUUAGCUUUUCCCUUCCCUCUCUAGCGUGCUUGAGAACAGCGGCCAGGGCUCUCCGGGUAGGAGGGGGAAACACAUGCUAGAGUAGGAGACUUGGAGAAAGACUGUAAGGGGGUGUGCGCGCCCUGAGGGAGGCGGCUGGGACUCUUUGUCUCGGCGGAGGGAUCGCGUUCGCUCGCGCUGUGGCUGCCUGACGAGAGCAGCAGCAGCAGCAACGGCGCUGGUUUGGCGGCGGGUUUUGCUGCGAGUUGUUGUUUCCUCCUCCUGCCCGGGGCUUGAAUGGUGGAGCUGAGACUCUCGCUGCUCCUGAACAAACAGUGACAGCUACUGGGCGAGCGCGGUCUUCAGCUCUCGGGCCCCGCCGCCGGGGAGCUCGGCCUAAGCGAGCUGGGCUCCUCCGCUCGCCAUGUCCGGGGACGGCGGCGGCGAUAGCAGUAACAGCAGUGGCGGCAGACAUACGGCAGAGCUGCGAGCGGAGCUCUAUUUCCUCAUCGCUCGCUUUCUGGAGAACGGACCUUGCCAGCAAGCGGCUCAGGUCCUGAUCCGAGAAGUAGCCGAGAAGGAGUUGUUGCCCAAACGGACGGACUGGACGGGAAAGGAGCAUCCCAGGAGCUACCAGAGCCUAGUAAAAUAUUAUAGACACUUGGCACCUGAUCACCUACUCCAAAUAUGCCAUCGACUGGGACCGCUUCUAGAGCAAGAAAUUCCUCAGAGUGUUCCAGGAGUCCAAACAUUGUUAGGAGCUGGAAGACAGUCUUUGCUUCGCACAAAUAAAAGCUGCAAGCAUGUGGUGUGGAAGGGAUCUGCUCUUGCUGCAUUGCACUGUGGAAGACCUCCGGAGUCGCCAAUAAACUAUGGCAGUCCACCUAGUAUAGCUGAAACACUCUUUUCAAGAAAACUGAAUGGAAAAUACAGACUUGAACAACUUGUUCCGACUGCUGUAUAUCAACAUAUGAAAAUGCACAAGCGAAUCCUAGGACAUUUGUCUUCAGUAUAUUGUGUAACAUUUGAUCGAACAGGCAGACGGAUAUUCACUGGUUCUGAUGAUUGUCUUGUGAAAAUCUGGGCAACAGAUGAUGGAAGGUUGCUUGCAACUUUAAGAGGACACGCAGCCGAAAUAUCUGACAUGGCUGUUAAUUAUGAGAAUACCAUGAUUGCUGCAGGGAGCUGUGACAAAAUGAUCCGAGUGUGGUGUCUCCGAACAUGUGCCCCUUUGGCUGUUUUGCAAGGCCACAGUGCAUCCAUAACAUCACUACAGUUUUCUCCACUAUGCAGCGGCUCAAAGCGAUACCUAUCUUCAACUGGGGCAGAUGGCACAAUUUGUUUUUGGUUAUGGGAUGCUGGCACCCUUAAAAUAAAUCCAAGGCCAACAAAGUUUACAGAGCGUCCAAGACCUGGAGUCCAAAUGAUUUGCUCCUCUUUCAGUGCUGGUGGAAUGUUUCUGGCCACUGGAAGUACAGAUCACAUCAUUAGGGUUUAUUACUUUGGAUCAGGUCAGCCAGAGAAGAUAUCAGAGUUGGAGUUCCAUACUGACAAAGUGGACAGCAUUCAAUUUUCUAACACUAGUAAUCGAUUUGUCAGUGGAAGUCGUGAUGGAACAGCACGGAUCUGGAUGUUCAAGAGAAGGGAAUGGAAGAGCAUUUUGUUAGAUAUGGCUACUCGUCCCGCAGGUCAGAUUCUGCAAGGAGUAGAAGACAAAAUCACAAAACUGAAAGUUACUAUGGUGGCUUGGGACCGUCAUGACAACUCUGUUAUUACUGCAGUUAAUAACAUGACUUUGAAAGUCUGGAACUCCUUCACUGGGCAGCUUAUUCACAUCCUUAUGGGUCACGAGGAUGAGGUAUUUGUACUUGAGAGUCACCCUUUUGAUCCUAGAGUUCUCUUCUCUGCUGGCCAUGAUGGAAAUGUCAUCGUAUGGGAUUUGGCAAAGGGAGUAAAAAUCCGGUCUUACUUCAACAUGAUUGAAGGGCAAGGACAUGGGGCAGUGUUUGACUGCAAAUGCUCUCCUGAUGGCCAGCAUUUUGCAUGUACAGACUCGCAUGGUCAUCUUCUGAUCUUUGGAUUUGGCUCCAGUAGCAAAUAUGACAAGAUAGCAGACCAGAUGUUCUUUCACAGUGAUUAUCGGCCUCUCAUCCGUGAUGCCAACAACUUUGUGCUGGAUGAACAGACACAACAGGCACCACACCUCAUGCCUCCCCCAUUUUUGGUUGAUGUUGAUGGUAACCCUCAUCCAUCAAGAUACCAGAGAUUAGUUCCAGGACGUGAAAACUGCAGAGAGGAGCAACUUAUUCCCCAGAUGGGGGUAACUUCUUCAGGACUGAACCAGGUUUUGAGUCAACAAGUUAGCCCUUUGGACAGCAUGAUACAGAGACUUCAGCAAGAGCAAGAUCAGAGGCGCUCAGGAGAGGCUGGAACUAGCAAUACCAACAGAGUUGGCAGGGGCUCUGUAAACUCUACCUCAGAGGUACAUUCACCACCAAAUGUGGGAUUAAGACGCAGUGGACAAAUUGAAGGUGUGCGACAAAUGCAUAGCAAUGCACCAAGAAGUGAAAUAGCUACUGAGCGGGACCUGGUGGCAUGGAGUCGAAGGGUUGUGGUGCCAGAGCUGUCAACAGGGGUAGCCAGUAGGCAGGAAGAAUGGAGAACAGCAAAGGGAGAAGAAGAAAUAAAGAUAUACAGGUCAGAAGAGAAAAGAAAACACAUUGCAAGUACUCCUAGAGAGAACAAAAUGCCGUCUUUACCUAAGGAAGAAGAGAAAGACAUUAACAUGCCAGGCACUUCCACAAGAAAGAGGAAGAAUCAUUCUCAUGAUCAUAUAUUAGAUGUUGGUGAUUCAAAAAAGCAACAGGCCAACCAGCAUAACUACCGUACUAGAUAUGCAUUGGAAGAAACUGCCAGGCCAAAUGAAGAUAUGGAAAAUGGAAGCAGUUCCUCAGAAGAGGGAGAAGUAGUUGUUGCCAGUGGUGGAACAUCUGAAGAUGAGAGGAAAGCAUGGCACAGUGAUGGCAGCUCUAGUGAUUAUUCUAGUGAUUAUUCUGACUGGACAGCAGAUGCUGGGAUUAAUCUACAACCACCAAAGAAAAUUCCCAAAAUUAAGACUAAGAAAGUAGAGAGCAGCUCAGAAGAUGAUGAUGGUCCUGAAAAACAAAGGCAAAAGCAAAUCAGAAAAGAAAGGAAAAAAGGUAUUGAAGACAAAGAUGGUCCAACAUCACCAAAGAAAAGGAAACCCAAAGAGAGAAAACAAAAGAGGCUGGCCGUGGGAGUGUUGGCAGAAAAUGGCUUGACAUUGGAAGAAUGGCUGCCUUCAGUGUGGAUUACAGAUCUUGUUCCCCGCAGAUGUCCAUUUGUACCACAAAUGGGAGAUGAGGUUUAUUAUUUCCGACAAGGCCAUGAAGCAUAUGUUUUAAUGGCAAAGAAGAACAAAAUAUAUAGCAUUAAUCCCAAGAAACAGCCAUGGCAUAAGAUGGAACUACGGGAACAAGAGCUCAUGAAAAUAGUUGGAAUAAAGUAUGAAGUUGGGCUGCCUACACUUUGCUGCCUUAAACUUGCUUUUCUUGACCCAGAUACUGGUAAAUUGACUGGAGGAUCUUUUACAAUGAAGUAUCAUGACAUGCCAGAUGUUAUAGAUUUCCUAGUCUUAAGGCAGCAGUUUGAUGAUGCAAAACACAGACGAUGGAACAUAGGUGAUAGAUUUAGAUCAGUAAUUGAUGAUGCCUGGUGGUUUGGAACAAUAGAAAGCCAAGAACCUCUUCAGGCUGAUUAUCCUGACAGCUUGUUUCAGUGCUACAAUGUCUGUUGGGACAAUGGAGAUGCUGAGAAAAUGAGUCCUUGGGAUAUGGAGCCUAUACCAAACAAUGGUAUGUGUCUACUUUCCCCUAGAUGUACAGAAAGGAGACAGAACUUACUGUCUGUGUUUCCAGAGGAGCUUGGAACUAGUGUUCCUUUAACUAAUACUGAAAGCAGAUCAUUAAUCUACAAACCUUUGGAUGGAGAGUGGGGUUCCAGGACUCGCGAUGAUGAAUGUGAAAGAAUAAUUUCAGGGAUAAACCAGCUGAUGACUCUAGAUAUUGCUUCUGCUUUUGUGGCGCCUGUGGAUUUCCAAGCUUAUCCGAUGUAUUGCACUGUCGUUGCAUAUCCUACUGAUCUCAGUGCAAUCAAGCAAAGACUGGAAAAUAGGUUUUAUAGGCGACUUUCUUCACUUAUGUGGGAAGUUCGGUAUAUUGAAUAUAAUACACGGACAUUCAAUGAACCAGGAAGCCCCAUUGUUAAAUCUGCCAAGUUUGUCACAGACCUCCUGCUACACUUCAUAAAAGAUCAGGCUUGCUAUGACAUAAUCCCACUGUAUAAUACCAUGAAGAAAAAAGUCUUGUCUGAUUCAGAGGAGGAAGAAGAGAAAGACAUUAACAUGCCAGGCACUUCCACAAGAAAGAGGAAGGAUCAUCAGCCAAAGAGGAGGUUGCGUAACAGAGCUCAAUCAUAUGAUAUUCAGGCAUGGAAGAGACAAUGCCAGGAAUUGUUGAAUCUCAUAUUUCAGUGUGAGGAUUCUGAACCUUUUCGCCAACCAGUGGAUCUUCUUGAAUAUCCAGAUUACAGAGACAUUAUUGAUACGCCGAUGGAUUUUGCCACUGUUCGGGAAACGCUAGAAGCAGGGAAUUAUGAAUCACCAAUGGAAUUGUGUAAAGAUGUGAGGCUAAUCUUCAGCAACUCCAAGGUUUAUACACCAUGCAAAAGAUCAAGAAUUUACAGCAUGAGCCUGCGUCUCUCUGCCUUCUUUGAAGAACACAUUAGUUCCAUCUUAUCAGAUUACAAAUCAGCUUUGCGUUUUCAUAAAAGGAGCACAAUUAAAAAGAGAAGGAAGAAAAGAAGUAGAAGCAGUUCUCUUUCUAGUAGUGCUGCAUCAAGUCCUGAUAGAAAACGAAGAUUAAUAAAACCACAGCAGAAAACUGAACCCACUGCUGCACCUUCACCCUCUGCACCUUCACGUUCAACAUCCUUGAGAAAUGUUGCUGCUCAGAUGAAUGGAAAAGCAGCUGACUCGGCGACUUUGGUCCGAACAAGGAGUACUAGGGCAGUAACAGAAAUGGCUGUUAAUGAACAACCAUCAACUUCUUCAUCAGGAGGAAAGCCUUUAAAUGUGAAACCUAGUGCAACUGUUACAUCAGGGAAAUCAGUACUAGAGAAUUCCACCAAACAUUCCAAGCAGAAUAUAUUGCUAGCCCCUAAUCAGACCAAUUACACUCAUAACACUAGGAAUAAUACUGCAAGAGAAAAUGUGGAGAAGGAUAAACAAAUUAAACGUAAACCAAAAUCUGCCACUCUCAGCCCACAAGCAGAUUGCAAGAAUAAUGCCAUAGCUUUGGCAUCAGGAAGCAUCCAAGUAAAUGGACAUGGGGGACAGGCUUCAAAACCUGCCUUUAAGAGGGGUCCUGGACGAAAACCCAAGAUUGAAAGUAACAACAGUAACUGUGAAGUAGUACACAAGAAAAGAGGGAGGAAACCAAAAAACCUUUUACUUGCUCAGCAAAAGAAUUUAGGGCAGGAUACAAUGCAAACUCCUAAAGACUUGACAACCACUGAGGAAGCAUCUGUUUCCACUGCAUGCAAUUCUGUCUCUGAAAAUAAUGUGAAGGAAGACUUGUUACAAAGAAAAGGGCGAGGAGGCAGAAAGCCUAAAAGAAAGCCAGAGGCACAGCAGCCAGGAUUAGAACUUACAUUUUCUGCAGAUCCUAAGAUUCAGACAAGAAGCAAGAGGAAAAAGACAGAUGGGCCUAUUGAAGAAGAGCACGAGGAACUUAAGGAUUCUGAACCCCACAUGAGAACUAGAAACCAGGGUAGGAGGACAGCUUUUUACAAUGAAGACGACUCAGAGGAGGAGCAAAGACAGCUGUUGUUUGAAGAUACUUCUUUGACUUUUGGGACAUCUAGCAGAGGCAGAGUCCGCAAGUUGACUGAAAAAGCAAAGGCUAAUCUAAUUGGUUGGUAACCAGCAUUUAAAAAUGCUAAUAAACAAGUACAGCUGAGGAAUUAGUAGAACUAAGGAUAUCUGCUUUCUGCUGCUAUUUACAGAUGAGAAUAUGUUCUGAUUUGAAAAAAGUAGAGCAAAAACAAACUGAACAUUUCUUUGAAAGAAGUAUGUAUUUUAAACUUUUGCUAUUUAUUGCCCUCCAAGUAGGUUAUGCAUUUCAGUUCACUUUGUUCAAUUGGUAUCAAAGAUUGUAUAAAUGAAAUUCUUGAUUUGCAGAAAAGUUACUGUGAUUUUGGACAGUACAUAACCGUUAUUUGAUUAAAAUUAAUAGACUUUUUAAUGUAACAGACUGAGAACAGAACUAUUUUUGAAUGAGCAAGGUACAGUACAUUUGUAUAGAGUGUAGUAUCUGUGUUUUGCAGGAUAUUACCGGAGUGUGGCAGUAAAUGCCAUUGAGAACAAAUGCAAAAUUCAAAACUUUACUAAUAAGAUGUUCCAUUUCAGUAAUGAUUGGGCACACAGCUCUGUACAAACAAAUCUAGUGCAGGUUGUUUUAUCUAGGUUCAGCCAGAGAGAGAAAUCACACUAUAUAGAUAUAUAUAUCCACAUUGGAAAAAGUUUGACUAAUAUGUCUAAUUUUUCAGACCUUCAUUAUCAAUAAAAUCUGUUUAUUGUGCCAAAGACUGAGAACCGGUGCAGUAGAAAAGUUCUGAGUGUCAGUGCAGCAUACACUUUUCAAUUAUGCUUAUGAUUCCGUGUUCUAAAUAUACAUUGCUCUGAAAAAUUAUAUCUACUGGUACUUUGUAGUAAAAACAAUUAAUGCACUGGUGGGAUCCUUUGACAGGCAAAAAUUAUAAAUGGGUUAAAGGAUUCAAGGAAACUGCAGGAAAAGUGUGGGAUUCUUAUGUUUGCGAUGUGAUCAGAUUGUUUUUACAAAUUGUGCUAAACUGACUAAAAUUCAAAAAAGUGUAUGUGUAUGUAUAUGUUAUGUACACACGCACAUAAAUAUAUACAAUAUUACCCAGGAAUAAUUUUUUCAGGACUUUUUAGAUAAUACUAGAUAAGAAUUUUAAAAUGUCAUACUUUUAUUUUAGGGGGAAGAUUGGUUAUUUUCAAUUAUUAAAGAUCAAAAGGCCAAAUCACUUUUUAUGCAAUCAUGUUUUAUACAGUGUUCUCAUUGCACAUUGUUUUUCUGCACUUUUUACAGUGUACUUAUCAAGCUGACAUAAGUCAAUAUAUACACCCUAAAGGAAAAUCCCACUUAAUGAUUGUGCCUUGUAUUCUAUUAUUUCGUGCAUCUUUAGUAAACUUAAGUUGUCUAUUGUAAAUGAUGACUAUAUGACUUAGGGGAAUGUAUUGCUGUAUGUACUGCUAUGGAAAAAGAAACAGUUAUUUAUUUGUUUAUGGUACAUUUACUUAUUUUAUAUCUUUAAAGCAAACUUUAAUACAAUUUCUAUUGUUUAAAAGUAUAGUUCAAUUUAAAAGAAAACAAAAUACAUUGUUAAAACAGUUGCAUGGUACAAAAAUGUAACACAUUCCAUUUAACACCCUUUGAGGGAAACAGGUGUACAAAAGAGGGGUAUUUUUUUAAAAAAUGCCUUAGCCUUGAUCUAGAGAUGCAGGUGUGCAGCAUUUGGUUGCCUAUCUGUCCAAGAGACAGUUGGUGCUGUCAACUUUAACACUGCAACCUAGCUAUUUGUAGGGUAAGGAUCUCAAUCUAACCUCCCAAGCUUCCACCAGUGCAAAAAGGUUAAGGGGGUUCCUUUUCCACCCCUCCAAAUAGAUUAUUGGCUGUAUCAAAGAUGGCAGCAUUGCCUGUCUCUUUGGUGUUACAUGUAGUUUCCAGUGCAGUUUUGAGAACUGUGGAUAGAUCCAACUUCAGGAGCCUUGUAUAGAGCCAGCUUCAGGAGCCAUGUGUAUAACACUGCUUUGUGCACAGGAUUCUCUAUUCAAUAGUGCACACAUGCAGACAUGUUGUUCACACUGGAUGGACAUCUGAGGUUUAAGACUAAUCUUUUUUUUUAUCUCUUACCCAGUAAAGAACUUGUUUAUUACAAAUGGUUCUUAAAAUGCAUUUCUGAUUUUUAUCACAAAUAUUCAUAAGCAAAAAGAUUAUUCACUUUUAUUUGAAGUAGCCAGUUUAGAAUAUUUUGGGGCAUAGAAGAUUUUGUUUCGCAAAAUUCAUUACCUCACUAUCUUUUUAUAUUAAAAAAGUGAUCCAUAUUUGUUUGGCAUUUAAAAAAAUAGCUUCAUCUAAGAUAGUAUUUCCAAAAUCAUGGUUUACAGUGGAAUAAUCAGAAUUCUACUGGCACAAGUCCCCCUUGGAGAUCUAUUUUCAUUGGUAUUUUAAAUAAUAGUACAUGAAAUCCCAUAAUGAUGGUUAUGGGAUUUUGGAUUUGGACAUAUUCUUAAACAAAAUGUAUUCUUACUAAUAUUGUAGGCAUUAAACAUGAGCAUAUUUCAGCAGACUUCGUACAGUGAUAGUUUGUUUCAUAUUUCACAACAGAAGCAUUAUAGUAGAUUUAACUUGUCCGUUUUAAAAAAUUUCACUGUUGAUGAAGGCAACCAGUUUCAAAUGUGUGAUUUCCUGAUGUUAUCUGCAUUGUUAUAUAAAAGAAAUUGCAAAGCAAACAUGAAGCUCCAUUACUGUAGUUACUCCAUUUAUAGCUAUGUCCCACUUGGCAUAUAUUUAUGUAUAUACUUGUAUACAUCAAGUAUGUGUAUGUAAUGUUCAAGAAUGGAAUAAUACACAUAACGAUCUUAGUGUCUGAAAAUUACACAUUUCAAAACCAGAAGAAUCGAAUCUUAUUUGUAGCACACAAAUGUAUUGUUCCCCAUUCAUGUACAGUCUGUACUAAGAACUCAUGUUGACCUUAUUUUUCUAAUAUUAUUUUGGUAAUACAUUUGUGUAGAAACAACACUUAAAACUGUAAUUGUUUAGCUAGGGUUGCUAAAUAAGUGCUUAGGUUGCAUCAGUUUGACUUAAAUUACUGUCGUUGGUUAGAUUUGACUGAUCUGCAGAAAUUUUAUUGUACCAACACAGAAGAGAGUUUUUGAUUUAGCGCAUUUUAAUAUAAGCAAUAAAUACUGGUUCAGUAACUAUGGGGAAAAACUGUAAUGAAAUGUGUUAUGAAUAAUACUGCUACAAGCAAAAUGUAAUAUUUAUUUUCUGGCAUAUUUAGAUAGAGAAUACUAUGAAGACACCACUUCUGUUUGUAAUUGCAGCUAUUUACACAAGCAAUUAUCUUAUAAACUUGGCAGUAAUGAAAAACAGUCUACUGACACAGCUUCUGAUACAGAGUGGUCCAUUAGUUCCAUAAUGUUGAUUGUUAAAUUAAUUCAAUAUUAACCAGUGGUUACUAUACAGGGGUGGCACGAUAGCAGCACAUUCCAUUUUCUUUGAUUGGGAAAUAGCUUAGUUUUCACGCCAGUAAUCAGUCCCUCAGACUUGUUUGGUAAAGCAUUGUUUAGCAGGUUUGAAUUUCAAUUGUUUCCCAGGAAUUAAGCUUGAAUUAUAUUGGGAUAUUGGGUAUUGAACAAAUGAUCUUUAUCAUUGUGCUGAAUGGUGAUGCAGCUUUACAGAAACCGUCUUCCUAUAGUGCUGCUGUGAUGUAAACUUGCACACAAUUAUUUGUACCACAAUGUCAGUUUAUACACAUAUGAACAUUUCAGUUGUUUAAUAUUACUUUUUAUUAAUCUUUGUAAAAUACUGAUUGAAAAGAACUCAUGCAGCAUGUAGUACUUCUCAACAUUUAAAAAUGGGCACAUACGUAGUUUCAGUACAUAAGUCAUAUGCUGUGUUACAAAACAAAUGUUCAUAAAAUACCAAUUUGAAUUUUGUUUCACAAGAUAGUUAAAAACCUCAGCUAGAGCCCCAUACACAUGCAGCUCUUGUGUGUUGAUUUCUGUGUAGAGACCCGAUCCCAAUGUUGUGAAGAAUGUGGAUCCUUUGCUUUGAAACAAAAGCUCUGCCCCCGUGUUCCAUCUAAUGAAGGUUCAUGAAACAAUCCAGUCAUGUUUUGCAUCCUCUGCAUGGAGCAGUGCAUGCAUUCCUGCUGCAGAUUCCUCCCCCCCCCCAUCAGCAGACUUCCCACAAGUGGAGAUCUGCACUUGUGGAACAACUGUACAUGCCUAAAUGUGUGUAAGGGACCGACUGGAUCGAGCCUUGACUACAUUUUGAUGUAUCUGAAUCUUGCACUUCAUGUAAUUGGACCUAAGCAUUCAUCUGAUAAAAGGGCUGUUCAGUUUCUGCUGUAAAUAAUGUACAUAUGUUUAUAAUUUGAAAAAGUUGUACAUUUCAUAUAUAGUGGCCAAGUCUGAAAAUUAUUUCUAAUACAACAAAAUCUGGUAUUGCAGUUUUAAUAUGUUAACUUUAUAUAAUUUGUGUUUUAAUCAAGAUAAUUUUAAUUACUAUUGGAACAGUGAAGCAAAAAAAUAAUUUUAGUGCUCUUAUUUUCCCAUUUUGGAAUGAAAGAUACCCUCUGUUUCAGGAAGGUUAUAUUUAUUGUAGGAAUUUUUUUUAAAAAAACUUGCUUUUAAAGAUCAAGCCCCAAAUCUGCAUUUUUUAAAAAGGUGAAUAAUUUAGGAGCAAUUUCUGUGAAAAAUCACUUCUCUUUUGAUACCAAAAAAGGGAGGCAGAUGCUAAAUAAAUGCAGAUAAUUGCAUCAGGACACUCAAAUGGUAUAAAUGCAUUUUGGUCAAUGAAAUUGUGCUAGAAAUUAUUGUACCUUUAAAGACAUAUGCACCAAACUUCUACACUUGCACAGAAGGCAUUUAACAUUGUGUAUUUAUCUGAGAUGCAUGUUUAAGAAGGAUAGGCUAUUGACACACCUUUCAAAGUUACAUUUUUGGACCAUUACACUGCAAAAACUUGAAAAGUUCUUGAGUGAAUACUUUAAAUCUUGCCACUUAAAUGUUGAGACAUAAUGUAGCGUGACUUAAGGUAACUGGAACAUUUAAGUUUGAAACUGACACAUUUUAAAGCUAUGCUUACUUUGUACAGUAUGGUAUGAAUCCCAAAAUGUUAAUGUAAUUUAACAUACAGUUUUACAAUUUUAGGUUUUAUCAAGGUUAAUUUCUUUUUCUUCUGCUUCAUCAAGUUAUAAAGUGCAGUCUCACACCUGGAUGAACAGUGCCCUUUUUGUACAUAUUGAUUGAAACGUUUAUUGUUAUGUGAAACACCUAAGUUGGUUUUGAUGAAUAAUACUUGGAAUCCUUUUAUACAAACUAGAAUGUAUGUGUAUGAAUUAAUGUCACUGCAAUGUAGUAACUAC